AUGCACCGCUCGCAGGAGAAGGGAGGCAACCGCGGGCACCGCGGGGAGGGAGUGCUGCACCCUCCUCGUCAAAACACUACAGGCAAGAACCGAGCUCUGCAGAGAUGGAUUAAUGCGAGGAAACUCGCCGCUCGGAAAGUACGGAAGAAAGCACACCCGCAACGCGAGGCGGCCCGAGAGAGACACGAGACCGCAGCGGCCGUCAAGGCGGCUGCGAAGAGGAAGGCACGAGAGGGCGACCUAUCAUUCGGCACGUUCAACGUACGCACGCUCGCCUGCAGCGGUAGGAACCCCAUCGGUCACAACGUGAUGACGGUCAUGCAGAUUUGUUCCGCGACCGGCUGUGAUGUGAUAGGACUUCAGGAGACCCGACGAGCGGGGCAAGGUUCAAUUGCACACGACGGGUACGUGAUCAUCUGGAGUGGCGCCCGUGCUGGCACCAAGGACAAGAGGGGCGUACACGGUGUGGGCAUAGUGAUCAAGGAGGCCAUGUGGGAGAGUGUGGGCGAGGAAGGUAGGACGGUGGAGUGCAUUUGCCCGAGGCUGAUGAAGGUGCGUCUACAAAUUGGCCGCACCUGCGGAGUAGCUUUCGUGGUGGGGUACGCCCCCACGGAAACUGUCCGCACCACCGCGGGCGGUGAUGUUAACGCCAAGGACUCCUUCUGGACUGCUCUCGACGCAGCGAUCCGGGAGGUUCACAGCCGUGACCAUCUCGUGGUGCUAAUGGACGCCAACGCACGCACUGGUAGGAGGCGAGACGGGUGCUGCGAUGCCAAGAUUAUGGGCGCGUACGGACGCGACAUUAUGAACAACAACGGGGAACGACUCCUUGGACUGGCAUCAGACAACCAACUCUCCCUGACCAACACCUACUUCCGGACACCGAAGGGUGGAGUGCAGCACACAUUCCAGAGCUCCAACAAGGGAAAGGAGAAGUACCGCCUCGACUUCAUCCUCAUGCGUCAGGCGGACCGGCGUUUCGUGCGCAAUGUCUCCGUCAAACGUGUCGACUUCAAAGACUCUGACCACAACCUCGUGCUUACGACUGUCCGCCUCCCCCCCCGUGUCGCACCCAACCGACGAGUGCGGGGGAACAGCGGAAGCAGGCGGAUCCGUAUCGACCUCGAGCGGUUGAGGAAGGACAAACACCUACGGGACGCCUUCCAAAACAGGGCCUCCAGCCGCCCUCCGCCCACGGCGCUCAGGCGGCCAACGGGAGAGACCGCCGCCGAGCUGACGGCUACGGUGAUGUCGGCCGCUGCUGAGACCGCGCCGCUGGCGAGGUGCGCACGAGGGCAGAGAGGCUGGUACACAGCUAAGCGCAGCACGAGAUCUUCGAAGCGUCUAAAGAGAUUAAGGCGGCACAGCAGCAACUGCGUGGGGCCUCAAAGAAUAGCGCCUUCGAAGCGACCCUGAAGACGAUGCUCAAGGCGGCGCGGAAGAAGCGUAGCAUCGCGAGGUGGAGAGCACUGGAAACGUU